AUGGCUGCCGUGGCGCUCAACCCCAACGGCAUCGCCGCCGUCCGCCCAUCGCGGAAGGCGAAGCGACCCGCCUCCCGCCGUCGCCUCCUCACCGCGCGCGCGGCGGGUUCCAACGAAGACAAGCCCACCGCGCAGUCGGUUCUCAGCUUUCUCUGCCCGCUCCUCAAGGCGUUCGGGGGCGGCGACGCCGCGGCGCCGCGCAAUCGCACGCUCGAGGUGGCGACCAGCGGUUUCGCGUCAAUCGCGCGCCUGCCCUUCGGGUCCAAGGUUGACGAGGCGUGCAUCGCGAGACCCGCGAGCGCCGCGCCGAAGGAGCGGAUCGUCCUCUACGAGUUUGAGGCGUGCCCCUUUUGCAGGCGCGUCAGGGAGGCGCUGUCGCAGCUGGACCUCACCGUCGAGGUCCGGCCGUGCCCCAAAGACGCGGUGAAGCACAGAGCCGAGGUGGAGGCCAUGGGAGGCAAGCUCACGUUCCCUUUCCUCGUCGACCCAAACACCGACGCGGGCAAGGGCGGCAUGUACGAGUCCGAGGACAUCUGCAGGUACCUCUACGAUGAGUACGGCAACGGCGCGGAGUUUCCCGAGGGGAUCGUGAGCACCACGGUGCUCACCGGGUGGAUGCCCACGCUGCUGCGCGCGGGGCGCGGCAUGACCCGGUACGCCAACGCCACGACGCACCGGGAGAGGGACGAACCGAUCGAGCCGCUGACCCUCUACAACUACGAGGGGAAUCAGUUUGCCCGGCUUGUCCGGGAGGCGCUGUGCGAGCUGGAGCUGCCGUACGUUCUAUUCAACUGCGGGAAAGGGUCGCCGCGGCGGGCGACGCUGACGGAGGUGGCGGGACAGGGCGCGAGCGUGCCGUACCUGGUGGACCCGAACACGGGGCGGGGCGUGGGGGAGAGCGAAGAGAUCGUCGCGUACCUCUUCCAGACGUACGGCGCUGCAAAUUCGUAA